AUUCGAAAGCCUUCAUAGACGAUUGUAUGGACAGACGUUUCAAAAGGAACCCGACUCAACACCGCCAUUUAGACUGGACAGAAAGAUGGCCAGUCUGGACACUGUCCUCUAUUCAACGUCUUCUGAAGAAAUAUCACAGCCUUUCUUUACAAUGUCAAGAAACAUGCAAGAAAGGGGCAAAGAUGACAUUUUGCUUUCUGCACAGUGUGUAGCAGUUCACUCUAAAUUCCUGUCUGAACAAGUUCUGUAUCCUCUUGACAAUGGAGGCUACAUGGGAACCAGCAAGGGAAAUCCUGUAGUCACAUUUGAAUCAACUGGCUUUGCACACGGACAUAGCAGAAGAAAGAUGUACAUUACCUGCUAUCCACAACAGGUGAGAUAUGAACACUAUGUCCCAAUGAAAUUUGCACUGAAUGUCAAACACUUAGGAGGUCAUUUUGAGACAGGAUUUAUGCUGAAGCUGUACUGUCUAUGGCGAAUGUGUGGUGAGUGCAGCAUGAAAGAUGUGGUUAUACUCUACUCACACCAGACAAGGAAAUAUGCAGAAGUGAUGGAAAUCAUAUUGCUCUCAAAACCAACCAGGACAGUUUCUUUACUGACUCCAGAAGAAAUACCAAGCCACACAGGACAUCAUGUUCUCAUAUCAACUACUCAAAUUACAACAGAACUAGCACAACAGAUUGUCCUUGCAUGGGACUGUCUUGAACAGCUUAUAUCCUUAGAGAAGCUGAUAUCACUCAAAGUGAUAAAUUUGCUAAAGUCUGUAAAGCCAAGACUGAAUAUAGCAAUUGUCAGGACCCAAGAGUUCCUAGCCUUCUGUCAAAUGGAUGAACAUAUUCCAAAGCUAUACACAUGGAUAAAGAAAAAUAAACAGAAUAUCACAAAGAUAUGCAUUUCAUUCAGGGACUGCAACGACAUUGCCUUGAAUCACCACCAGAGUGCUCCUAUUAACAUCGCAGAAAUCCUAGAAACAUGGGAGUUCAACAUGCAAGAGAACAACAGCGUCACCACAACACAGUUAAAGGUACCUGAGAUUCUCUUGUUUGACAGAAGGGGAAUGUACCUUGUUGUGGGUGGAAUGACAGGACUAGGAUGGGAAUGUGUCUUGUAUCUGGCAUCCAAAGGUGCUGGGUGCAUUACUAUUAUCAGCAGACGUAAUCCAGAUCCAAACAAACAAGAUGAAAUGAAGCAUGUGUCCGAGAUGUAUGGAUGCAUUGUUACAUCUCAGUCAGCUGAUGUUCAAGAUAUCAAGGAAAUAGGAUCAGCUUUGAAGAAGCUAGGAACCCGUUUCCCUGCCUAUAUUUUGAAAGGAGUAUUCUUUGGAGCUGCUGUUCUAAAGGAUGGAAUUCUUUUAGAAAUGACGAGAGACAAGUUCAAGACAGCUUCUUCUCCCAAGGUUGCUGGAUCCUGGAAUCUGCAUAUCCUGACAGAGCAUCUCCCACUGGACUAUUUUGUGCUGUUUUCAUCAGUAGUAUCUGUCUUUGGAAAUGCUGGACAGACAAACUAUGGUGCUGGGAAUGGAUUCAUGGAUGCCCUAGCUCAUGUCAGGAGGCAAAAUGGCAAGUGUGGUCAGACUGUAAACUGGGGUCCUCUGAAUAUGGGCAUGCUGCAAGAAAGACAUAUAAAACAAAUGGAAUCGUUUGGAUACGUUCUGAUACACAAGAGAAGUAUACCUGACUGCCUCACACACAUCCUUAUGUUGAAUAAGCCACAGAUCAUUAUGUGCGGUCUCCAGUUGGUAAAAUUUGGACAAAGCCUCCAAAGAGAGAACAAUGUGGAACUGGAGUCUCGAUUUAGAUCGGUCUUGUCUCCAUUUAAGGCAGCAAUGUCUUCAGCUUCACCAAGUAAUGUGGAAACAUUUAACUUUGAGGAGAUGAAGAAAAUGUCAAAGGAAAAUGUUCUACCCAAACUUGUGAAGUACGUGAAGGCUGUGGUUAUUGAUGUAGCUAUGCUUGACGAAUCCUCUCUAGAUGUGGAGCAGGGAACCAGAGAUCAGGGAGUUGACUCAAUGAAUUUCAUGCAAAUUACUGGGAAAAUCAUGGAUGACACACACGUUCAGCUAUCAUCAACAAAAUUGAAUGUUGAAAACGCAUCGGUGUCUCAAAUCUCAAAGUACAUUUAUGAUGACUGGAUGAUCAAAAGGAAUGGUGAUCAGAAACAUGAGCAGUCUCUUCCAGUCAAAGAUUCAUCAGAAUCUGACGCAGUUCUUCUCCCAGGAGAACAGUUUGUUUUUGACAACUACAUGAGAGAUCCAAAUCAUAUAUCACAUUUAAUGAUCGUGGAACUGGAAUUGCUUGAUGUUUCUGAACCAAAGUCUAUCAAGAAGAUCCUCCACGAAAACGUCAGACGACACCCGACGUGUAGGACAGCUUUUCAUGUUGUGAAUGGAGAAGCAAGAAAAUCAAUACUGAGUGCCGGGGCUGAUAUUGACUACAGGAUAGGUGAUCUGACAAACCGUCCUGACGUAUCACGUCUCACAGAGGAGCGUUUUUAUCUUGAUCGCCAAGGACCAAUACGAUUUGUCUUUGUGAAAGGAAAUCCCCCACAUCUCAUCAUUGUCUUUCAUAGAAUUGGCUUUGACCACCAGGCAAUUACAAUCUUCAUAAACGACUUCAUGAAUAUAGGUCAAGCUUUCUCACAGGGACAGUCUCUGGGCGAUGUACAAAGUUCUCCAGAUAUGUCCAUUGGUCCAGAAAUAAGGACAAUCCUUCAACCAAGAUAUGAACACAUUAAGGAAUUUUGGAAAAAACACUUGAAACAGUUCCAUACAUUUCCUUUGCAGACAGGGCCGUGUCAUCCACACCACAAAUGGACAGUAUAAGUGAAACGAUAUG